UGGGGACGGUAGUCCUGACAGGCUGUACGGAACUUUCUGAUGCCUGCAGACCUCGAGUCCCAGACUGUCCGGCGGAAAGUGAGGCUGAACCAAAUUGUCCCACCUGUUGCUGCACCUCCAGUUCAAAUGUGGAAUUCUACGAUUCGACGUCUGAAGAGCCUGAGUGUACUGCACCGCCAGCCAUCUAUGAAGUCUCCUUUACCUACACCCUGACCGACGCCUGCUU